CUUUUGUCAUUUGUUCACAUAUUCCAUCUUUCUCCUCCCUGCAUGUGACGCUGUCUGCACACCCACUCUUAAAGAGCGAGAGAGCGAGAGAGAAAGAGGGAGAGGAGGGACACGGAUCGGUACACAGAGCCAGUCUGUUUUCAGCUCCCACUUCGCUGUGGAUCCUCCGCCAGACAGCACUCACCAUCCACAGUCACACUCCCUCCAAACACUUUCGCUCUCACUGUACGACAGCUGACAACACCUUCUCGUUUUCUCAGCUGCACUACAGAACCACGUCCAAAAAAGAAGACAAAAAAAGGCUUGAUCUGCAGCACACACGCAGGGACACGCAGGAACACCAGCUCUGAGGAGGAGGCUGGGUCGUGGCUGGAGGGGCUGACUGGAGAAUGGAAUGGAACCUCAGAAGGAUGGAAAGUGAACUGAGACACAUCAACCCUGACUUGCUGCAGCCCAGCAAGAGCUUCAAGAAGCCCUCCUCAGGCACCAUCACCCUCAAUGUAGGGGGGUUCCUGUACACCGCCCACCGGACCACCCUUUCCAAGCACCUGGGGUCCUUUCUGGAAGAGCUGGCCAAUGGUAAGAAGCCCGUUCAGCACACCGACUCCAUGGGUAACCCCUUCAUCGAUAGAGACGGUCCGGUUUUCCGCCAUGUGCUCAACUACCUCCGAACAGGAGAGCUGCAGCUGCCCGAUGACUUCCGGGAAGCGGGACUCCUGCGCAGGGAAGCUGAUUUUUACCGCCUGAGCGAACUGGUGGAAGCCGUGGCCGAGUGGGAGAGUCAGAGGGCGGCCCAGCGGGAACCUGCAUUUUUGGAGGUGACAGACAGCCACGAGAGGUCGCAGGGCCUCAAGGUGUACUGCAGCGAUGCCGCUUUCAUCGAAAAGGUCAAAGGGCGGCUGGUGCAGAUCUCCAAGAGUCGCCUGGAUGGCUUUCCAGAAGAAUUUAUAGUGUCGUCCAACGUGAUCCAGUUCCGCCACUUCAUCAAGUCAGAGCCCGGCUCGCGGCUCGUUCUGAAGGAGGACAGCACGUUCGUGUGCACGCUUGACUGCCUGAAAUUAGAAACAGUGAUGUUGGCUCUGAAGUCAGGCUUCAAGUUGGUCACCAGCCUUGACAGCAGCAAAGGCUCAGUGGUGGCGGCCGAGGCUCUGCACUUUGUUAAAUAGGACGAAGGGAAACAGGGAGGAGAGAGGGAGGCAGAGAGGGAGAAGUGUAGUGCUCAAUUCCACAUCCACCACGCCAGUGUAAGGUAUUGGUUUGAAAGUCUUGUAAGAUGUUGUAAUGUGUCAUUUGGUAAAAGAAAAAAUGGGGGAUUGGACUAUGUUCUUAUCUUUUACUCCAAAUUAGUGGCUUUAAAAGUUUUGGGCGAUUGUUGACAACUAAAAAUUUGCACUGACUUGUAUUUCUAGAUUUCAGAAUGAUCCAGAGAGUCUUAAAAAAAGUGUCAGUAAUAUGGAAAACAAGCCAACAGUGAAUAUUUCCACAAAGACUACUGAACGUCAACAGCUUUACCAGUGGAUUUGUUUGUGCUUUCUAAAACGGCUCCAAAAGCCUCCACAACCAGCUGUGAUCUACACUGCUGUGCUAUUCAGCUUUUACUACGGUCUCUGUGUGUGCGUGCGCCGUGUUUAGUUGGUUUAAUAGCUUGUGUUUAGUUUAUUAGCCUUUCUGGAACCUGGAGGGGGAAAAGGCACAACUCAUUAAGGUUGAUUUGGAUGGACACACUGACUUCACAUUUAACUGCUGAGUUAAGUUGAACUGUGGCUAUCGCAAGGGCUUUAAAUCUAGCAUGAUGCAUGUGCACUAAAUAAACAGUGUGUUUGUUAGUGCUGUGAGCCUCUGUGAAGCCAGUGACACAAUGCCUAUGAAUUUUAAAUGUAUAUAUUUUACAAAUAAAAGUGAGACUCAAA